AUGGUUCGCAUCGUGAUGGCUGCCACAGGGGAGGAGCUUGCGACCAUAUCCACGGAGAACAGGACAGACUUACAGUGUGUGCGAGACCUAAAGCAGGACCUCAGGAGCAGGUGUGGCAUUCCACGGUUCAGGCAAAGGCUCGUGCACCAGGGUGACAGCUUGGAUGAGACUGCGCGUCUCUCCGAAGAUAUGGACUUGCAACUGGUGUUCCUGUCCUUUCCCGACGAGCCUUGCGACCUUCACGCGCGCGAGCUCAUCGCAGCAGCUGCAGAUGGCAAUGCGGACGAGGUUGAAGCGAUCCUACACCGACCUCAGGAUCCGAACUGGGCCACCACAAAUGAAACAAACGACGUAACCACGCCCCUCUGCCAAGCAUCGGUGCUUGGCCACAGCCACAUCGCGAGCUUACUGCUCGAGGCCUGUGCUGACGCAGACAGGAUCGUGGACGACGUUAACACACCGCUGCUUGCUGCAUCUGCAGAAGGUCGCGAGGAAGUCGUGCGCUUACUGCUGGAGGCCGGCGCAAAAGCCGAUACCUGCCCUGCUUACGGGUCCCUACCUCUAGUCGCAGCAUGUGAGGGAGGGCACGCAGAAAUAGUGCGCUUGCUCCUGGAAGCAAGGGCCGAUGCCAACGCGCCUGACCCUGACGGUGAGAUGCCCCUUCAUGCUGCAUGUCUAGAAGACAGUGAAGCGGUAGUGCACUUGCUGGUGAAGGCAAAAGCUGAUACGAACCGACUAAACAGCGAAGGCAGAAGCCCGUUGCAUGUCGCCUCUGCCGAAGGGCAUGGGGAUGUCGCAUGGGCUUUGCUGGACGCAGGAGCAGACUGGGACGUUGCAGCUCUUCAUGCUGCCUGCAGGGAUGGCUACGAAGAUAUCGUACAGAUGCUGCUCAUAGCUGGUGCUGAUCGGGAGGCUAGGUGGAUGGGCUGCACGCCUCUCUUUGCUGCAUGUCGUGGAGGCUCUUAUGAGACGGUUUCCGUGCUGCUCGCCUCCCGUGCCCAUGUGGACUCGCGAGCUGAAGCUGAACAAACACCGCUCUUUGCAGCUGUCACCGAGGGCCACAAGGACAUUGCACGUCUCCUACUGUUCGCCAGGGCCGACCCAGAUGCAAAGGACGCCGCGUUUCGCACGCCCGUGGGUUUGGCAUCCAGUCUUCAACGCGAGCCCCUCGUGCAGCUUUUCGAGGAUCACCGGGAGAAGCACGGCAGCAAGCGCCAGCGCAUCGGAGAGCCGGCCUGA